UCUGAACAAACACACAGAACAAUUUCAUCUCUCCCCUUCAGUUAGUUUAGCAACUCCAAAUCUCUAGCCAUGAAAAUGGUAUCUGUUUGACAAAAAAAAAUAUAAAUAAAAAUAAAAACACCAGCAUAAGAACACCAGUUCACAGGUUUAGGUUUAAGGCAGACCCACCCAACCACAAAAAUACACACAGGGCAAAUCCAGCUCUAGAUAAUCCCAGCACACACACAGCACACACACUCCAAAUGGGCGCCCAGUUGGCCGGCGAAUCGCGUGCCGAGGGAGGGGGCGGGCUCAAGGACGAGCGGGCAGAAACAGGACGACAGCCACCGCAGGAGCAGGCAUCAACGACCAAGGAUGGACCAACUAACCAGGAGGAAGAGGCGUAUCCGCAACCGGAACUGGAACCGGAACAGGAGUAUCCACAACCACAAGCGAUGCCCGUUUCCAGACGCCACCUGAGAUCGCGCAGCAGCACCACGGACAUCCAAAGGAUGCCAACGGAGGCCAUCUACGCAGAGUUCGAUCGCCUCAUCCAGCGGGUGGAGGGCCACUUGGGGCAGGUGGCGGUGGAUCCGCCGUGCAUGGAUGUGGCAGCCCGGCUGCAGAGCUGCCUCCAAGCGCACCGCCAGCGGACGUGCAACUGUUUUGCGGCCAUGGAGGAGUACCGCCACUGCGUGCUGCGUGCCACCCAGAAUCGCGUGGACGACAUGGCGGACAUGGAGCCGCCCAUGCUGCCGGUGGUGCCGCCCCAGGCGAUGCCACCGCCCGCCGUGCCGCCGCCAAGUGCGCGGGGCAACCGCAGGUGGUGGAAGUUCUGGACCUGGUUCCGCUAACCGGAUGCAGUGCUCUCGAGUUCCGUUUCACAGCCCCCAAAAACACUAUGAUAGAGAAAUGGCUUUAUUAAUUAACAGCAUACAUAUGACUUGAAGCCAUUUAGGCUGCAGAUGUGGCCAAAAGGAUGUCUACUGCCAGUAAGUAGUUCAAAUGCAGUCACAGUCAACUUUGGUUCAAGUUGAUGGGUAUUUUGUAUGUUCUGUGUAAAAUAUAUUAUUUAAACAUAA